ACCCUAAAAUAAUUCCGCCCGCUCCUCUUUGGGUGAAGGUUCAUUGCGGUGACAGUGUUACGUUAACUGUGUGUGAUUGUUAAUCGUUGCAGCCGCAAUGUCUGGCCGUGUUCUUGUUGGAGUUAAGCGUGUCAUUGACUACGCUGUCAAGAUUCGUGUAAAGCCGGACAACAGUGGUGUGGUGACGGAUGGCGUCAAGCACUCAAUGAACCCCUUCUGUGAGAUUGCUGUGGAAGAGGCGGUCAAGCUGAAGGAGAAGAAGUUUAUUAAGGAAGUUAUAGCUGUCAGCUGUGGGCCACAACAGUCACAGGAGACCAUCCGUACCGCUCUCGCCAUGGGGGCUGACCGUGGCAUUCAUGUGGAAGUCAGUGGAAAAGACUACGAAUCCCUUGGACCCCUGCAGGUAUCUAAGAUUAUGGCUGCUUUGGCCAAGAAGGAAGACGCUCAGCUCAUCGUCCUUGGCAAACAGGCCAUUGAUGAUGACUGCAAUCAGACUGGCCAGAUGACUGCAGCGUUACUGGACUGGCCUCAGGGGACCUUUGCAUCAGAAGUUGCAUUGGAAGGCGCUAAGGUUAAGGUGGUCAGAGAGAUUGAUGGUGGACUGGAAACUAUUAGGAUCAACACACCAGCAGUGUUGACUGCAGACCUUCGACUUAACACACCCAGAUAUGCCACCCUGCCGAAUAUCAUGAAAGCUAAGAAGAAGAAAAUUGCUAAUGUGAAGCCUGCAGACUUAGGAGUGGACCUCACAUCCCGGCUGGAGGUACUGAGGGUGGAUGAGCCCCCUCAGAGGCAGGCAGGCAUGAAGGUAGAGACGGUGGAUGACCUAGUAGGCAAACUGAGAGAGACAGGGAAAGUAUAGAGGCUUUAGGAGCAGAAGAAUGGGCAUACAGUCCAGCCAAGGGGACUCCAGUGAAUUGGACUGUAUUACAUAAACACAACCACAGGAUGAGCUUAUGUAUCAGUCUGAUCCCUCUUUUUGAGACUGGGGCUCCUGAGGAUAUGCAGGGAGGUACCGACAGGAGAGGCGUACUGAGGCACACUGUCAAACAAUCAGACAACCCCCAAAAUAUCAUCUUUAUGUAAAUUUUCAAUUAAAAGCUUAGUUCAAAUCUGUCAUUUAAAUCUAUUGUAACUAUGUUUAUACAAUAAAUUUAAGCUAGAAACUUUUUUUUUUUUUUUACUAAUGCUGCUACUUGAAUGAACUCUAUACUUCCUCCACAUGUGUGAUGGAUCUCAGCAGCAUUCACCUUUUUCAUCUUAUAAUGUAGUUAACUGUUCAGAGGUGUAAAUUAUAUCUGUAAAUAUAGACCCAGACAUGCAGAAAUGAUUUUCUUCUUCACGUCAUGACUACUGGUCAUUUUUACAGUUAAUGUUUCUGUGAAUCAGUUUGGGACUGACUAGACAGUGUUUCUCAGUAUGUGCAAGAGGAGAUGACUAUAAAUCUGAAUUUUACCGGAAGCGCCUGAAUUCUGUUGAUUGUACAGAAAAUUACCACAAUAAUAAAGCAGCCAGUCUUUUUCAUAUCAA